GGGGGAGUGUUAGAUUAUAUUUUUAAGAAUAAAGCGAGAGCUAGAGGCAUCGGUGACCCAGGUGUCGCCGCUUCCUGCCACACAGGGCUCGGCGCCCAGGUCCCUCCCUCUUCACGCCCCCUCCCCUUUCCGUGCCCUCCCUUCUGGAGCCGUGCAGCGCUUGAGAGGCGGUGGCGGACCGGACGGCCGCUGCAGCUCGGCGGCCGCGGAAAACGAGGGAGGGAAACAAAAAGCCGCUGCACGUUGCGAGGUAAUCCUGCGGGGAGAGGAGGCGCCCGCCGUCGUUCCGCUCCUCUUCCCAGCGGGGACGACCGGAGCUCGCGCGGAGGUUGGCUGCGGGGACCCUAUCAGGGGAUCGCGCGGGAGUGGGGUGCGCGGCGGCGUGCGGGGCCGAGGGGACUUCUUAUUGGUUGCUCCCGCGGUCUCAGAUAACAAGGGGAAUUGACAGACUGGAAGCAUGAAUUCAGAUGGCAGCCAAGGCAUAAUCACCACUCCUCCUCCUCCAAGCAUGCCUCACAAAGAGAGAUAUUUUGACCGCAUCGAUGAAAAUGACCCAGAAUACAUCAGGGAGAGGAACAUGUCUCCUGAUCUACGACAAGACUUCAAUAUGAUGGAGCAGAGGAAACGAGUUACUCAGAUCCUGCAGAGUCCUGCCUUUCGGGAAGAUCUGGAAUGCCUUAUUCAAGAACAGAUGAAGAAAGGCCACAACCCAACUGGAUUACUAGCAUUACAACAGAUUGCAGAUUACAUCAUGGCCAAUUCUUUCUCUGGCUUUACUUCAUCUCCCCUCAGUCUUGGCAUGGUCACACCUAUCAAUGACCUUCCUGGUGCAGAUACAUCCUCAUAUGUGAAGGGAGAAAAACUCACUCGUUGUAAACUUGCCAGCCUAUACAGACUUGUGGACUUAUUUGGAUGGGCACACCUGGCAAAUACAUAUAUCUCAGUAAGAAUAAGUAAGGAGCAAGACCACAUUAUAAUAAUUCCUAGAGGAUUAUCUUUUUCUGAAGCCACAGCCUCUAACUUGGUGAAAGUCAAUAUAAUAGGAGAAGUAGUUGAUCAGGGAAGUACUAAUUUGAAAAUUGACCAUACAGGAUUCAGUCCGCAUGCUGCAAUCUAUUCUACUCGUCCUGAUGUUAAGUGUGUGAUACAUAUCCAUACCCUUGCAACAGCAGCUGUAUCCUCCAUGAAGUGUGGCAUCCUUCCAAUUUCUCAAGAGUCCCUGAUCCUGGGAGAUGUCGCCUAUUAUGACUACCAAGGGUCACUUGAUGAACAGGAGGAGAGAAUUCAACUGCAGAAAGUUCUAGGGCCAAGUUGUAAGGUGCUGGUACUCAGGAAUCAUGGUGUGGUAGCACUUGGAGAAACAGUUGAGGAAGCUUUUCACUAUAUUUUUAAUGUACAGAUAGCCUGUGAAAUUCAGGUACAGGCAUUAGCAGGGGCAGGUGGAGUAGACAAUCUACUUGUACUGGAUCUUCAGAAGUACAAAGCUUUCACUUACAAUGUAGCAGCAUCUGGAGGAGGAGGUGUGAAUAUGAGUGCCCAUCAAAAAUGGAAGGUUGGCGAGAUUGAGUUUGAAGGCCUGAUGAGGACCCUGGACAAUUUGGGGUAUAGAACAGGCUAUGCUUACAGGCAUCCUCUCAUUCGAGAGAAGCCUAGGCACAAGAGUGAUGUGGAAAUCCCGGCAACUGUGACUGCCUUUUCCUUUGAAGAUGAUACAGUGCCACUUUCUCCUCUCAAAUACAUGGCACAGAGACAGCAACGUGAAAAGACAAGAUGGCUGAACUCACCAAACACGUACAUGAAAGUGAACGUGCCCGAGGAGUCUCGGAAUGGGGAAACCAGUCCCAGGACCAAAAUCACAUGGAUGAAAGCGGAGGACUCUUCUAAAAUUAGUGGUGGAACACCUAUCAAAAUCGAAGAUCCAAAUCAGUUUGUUCCUUUAAACACAAACCCGAACGAGGUACUAGAAAAGAGAAAUAAGAUUCGCGAACAAAACCGAUAUGACUUAAAAACAGCAGGACCACAGUCUCAGCUGCUUGCUGGAAUUGUUGUGGAUAAGCCUCCUUCAACCAUGCAAUUUGAAGAUGAUGAUCAUGCCCCACCAGCUCCUCCUAACCCCUUCAGUCAUCUCACAGAAGAAGAACUUGAAGAGUAUAAGAAGACAAUCGAACGUAAACAGCAAGGCCUGGAAGAUGCUGAGCAGGACUUACUCUCAGAUGACGCUUCAUCUGUUUCACAAAUUCAGUCUCAAACUCAGUCACCGCAAAAUGUCCCUGAAAAAUUAGAAGAAAACCAUGAGCUGUUUUCCAAGAGCUUCAUCUCCAUGGAAGUGCCUGUCAUGGUAGUGAAUGGCAAGGAUGAUAUGCAUGAUGCUGAAGAUGAGCUUGCUGAGCGAGUGAGUAGGCUAACUACCAGCACGACUAUAGAAAACAUCGAGAUUACCAUUAAGUCUCCAGAAAAAAUUGAAGAAAUCCUGUCACCGGAAGGCUCACCUUCAAAAUCACCAUCCAAGAAAAAGAAGAAAUUCCGCACUCCCUCUUUUCUGAAAAAGAACAAAAAAAAGGAGAAAGUUGAAGCCUAAGUAAAGUCUUUUUAAAAUUGCUAUCAUUUUUACAGUGUGGCACUGCACAUUUAAAUACCACAGUUAAGUUGAUCAUUAAUAUGCAGUGGGAGAUCAGAUUAGGAGGUAUAUAGCGAACUGGACUUGAAGAACUGGAAAAAGGUUUUACUAAAAGAAAAAUGUAAUAUGAAAAAAAUCUCUUAAAUUCAUCUCUCAUUUUAUAUUCCCAAAAUGACUUUGACUUUUUAAACAAUUGCUGAUUUUAAUUAGCUCUGCCAUCAUGAGAAGUUACUAUAGUUCACCACAAGCAGAUACCUGUCUGAAUUACUUCAGGCCAUCUCCAUAAUAUCUGUUAGAAAAAUUACCAGGGAACAAGCAAGAGAAUUUUUAUCUCCCAACAGCUGCUUCACUUGGUAAUCAGAUUAUAAUUUUCUAUCAUGAUUAUUAACUGUACCUUUGGGGUCCCCAUUGUUUCAAUGGGUAUUAAUAGAAUGCUUUAAAAGCAUCUAAGACAAGAAUCUAUAGCAUUAGUAUACACUGGCACAUGAUUUUUUUUUAAUUUGAGAAAAGAUUAAUUUGGAAUUUUAUUCAUUGUAUAAAAUUUCCUCACCUGAAGUAACUUUGCCAAAAAAAAAAAAAAAGUCAUUUUAGUAAAAUAUAAUUUUUGAAAACUUCCUUUUUUAUUAGUUUAGAAAGCCCCUUAUUUUUCAACAAAGGGGAUUUUGUACACGUAACAUGGGUUAUUUAGUUUAACUCUGGCAAAACAAUUUUUGUAUGUUUAGAUGUUUGUAUACCAUUCAAUAUAAAAGUGUCAUAAGCAUAUUAGCCAAUCAUUUAACAGUAGAGUAUAUUUGAGGUGGCUUGGUACUGAGUAUAUUAAAUAUAAUGCAAGAAUCCAGGGACUUGGUAUCAAGAGUGUAUAACGGUAUAACUGGAUUCAUAUUUAAGUUUUAUAACAUAUUUUUCUCUUAGUAUUGCUAAGGAAUGAAAAAAUCUCAUAAGGUAACUAAAUGAAAGGUGGGGGAGAAUGAGAAGGAAGUGAAAAAAUUAAAGGAACAAAAGAUGGGACAUAAAAAAGGAGUUCUAGUUUGAUAAUGACUCAUAUUCACUAUAGGAUUUGAAGUGUAAUUUGUUGGAAAUGAGUCCUCAAUUUCUAGAAUUCUGCUUCUCUGCCCAAAUCAAUGUAUUUUUUGGUUGAGAUUUGAAUUUUUAAAGGGUUGACUCCUUCUAACUUGUUCAUCUUUAGAGGGCAGCACCAGAAGAAAUCAGUGGAUAAAAUCUCACUAGUGAAAAAACUACCACUUCUUGAUUUUUACAGAUCUUUUUUUAUCUCUUCAGUUAACUUUCUUUCUAAUGUAAAUACCAAAUUAAACCUAGAUUUAAAAUAGUUCUCCCCUGCUUCACCCAAAAGAUGUCACAAAUCAAUGUAAAAUCAGUGAUCCAAAAGGGCCAGUGAGAAAAAAUAAAGUGUUUCUGGAGGGUAAGUUGGCAUGCAAAAAAAUCACAUUGAUUAUGGUGUGUUCUGGGCUGAUUCUGUUUGACUGUGUGCUUAUGAUAAUAGAAGGUUGAAACGGAUCCUGGAAAUGUCACUCUAGAUCUCUCUAACUACUGGAAUCAGUGUUUUAAUCUCUUAGUGGAAACUUUCAGUUGCUUAACUCUGUAUUUGAGGGUUUUUUUUUUUUUUUUAUGUUCUACAUCAUUUAUGUUGUAUUACAACAUAUGUAGAAACAGUAACCUGUGAACUAUGCUUUUCCAUAACUUUAAAAAUAUAUAUAUCUAAAUGAAUGCAGUGUGCAUAAUUAUUUUUAAAAUGCAACAGUAAACUAUUUGCACCUUUUGCUAAUGCCUCUAUUUACUUGCUUUGGCAUAAAGAAUGAGCCAGUGAGCCUCUGUGUCCUGUGGAAAAAUGUAUAAAUGUUAUCUGAUAUUGCUCUUAGAUGUAAUGCUAAUUAAAUGUUAAAUCACAAAUAAACAGUAUUUUAAAUAGA